CGCGCUCGUGUCGAAAACGAGAAAAAUAAAAAAUUAAUCGAUAUCCGUUUCGAAAAACCGUCUACUAUCGAUAGUAUAUACGUGCGCGGGUGAAGUGGGCAUGAUUCGAAAUCAGAAAAGAAAAAAUUAAAAUUCUACACGCAGAACGCAAACCAAUACGUUAAUAUUUUCACCACCACCCACUCGAACAUAAAAAACAUUGUUGACUCUUCAAUUAAUCAUUACUGACCAUCGGUUAAUAAAUUGUAUACCUUAUGUUGAUGGUUUUCUUCCCUUUGAACUCGUCGUCGUUGUUCUCUUAACACGCCGUCUUGCUUUCUGAGCGAGUGACAACGAAAAAUUGAGAAUAGACAUCGCAUGUGAAAAUGGCUGACAGCGUACCAGUGUCAGAUGUUGUGUGUAUUGAUGACAUGGGCAAAGCCAGAGUCAUGGAACCUGUUUUGGCUGAUAAAGUGUCCAGCUUAAAGGAUCAAAGCGCUGAUUUUUUGAACGACAUAGAGCUCUAUCGUGAUGCAGUAGACAGCUUAAUUGGCGUAAUGGAAAAUUUAGCCAAACAGGUAGAUCAGGAAAAACGCAAUGCAAUAAUCGUAUCUAAUAAAUUAGCAUCAUUAUCCAGCAAGACUGAAGAAAAAAUAGCUAUGUUACAAUCACAAAUAGAACAAAAAACCCUGGAGCUGGAACGCUGCAAGAUUGAGCACAGAACACUGCAAAAAAUUGAAUCUGAACAAGCUGAUUUAAUAAACUGCUUAUCGUUUCAAAAUUAAGGACCAUUUUAAAAUAGCACACCAUUAAAUAUUAACAGUACAAGUAACGAAAUGCAGAUGAAAGUAAAU